AUGUUGUUGCAUCACGCAUAUAUAUACUUUCUGUCUUUCUUGACAUCAUGUCGCAAUCCAAUGGAAAGAACAGAUACGGGGAAGGCCGUUCUCGCAAAAUUUCAGCUAUGAACUCGCGAAAUCUUGCAACAUGGAUGAAAUUUUGCGAAUAUCUAGUAAAGUGUGUAAUGUAGAAACGUACGCGGUCGCUGUCAGGGUGGCGUAGAGGGGGCGGCAAAGUGAGAGAAAAACAUUAGGCCGAGUCUGAGUCGUUGCAAGGCUGAGGUGUUUGACGGCAACAAAAAAAGUAAACACGACGGGCUGAGCCUGAGCCUGCCAAAUCCACGCGGAGUCCGCUAAAAUUUUUCCACUGGUUCUAGAUGAUCGCCAUCGAUGAUGCAACGACCAACUGCUUCCUCUGCGGAAUAGCUGAAUAAAUUCAGAGUUCAGGUCCAUCUAGGCUGCUGCUGCUGCUCUUCGUCUUUGCUGACCUCGGCACAGGCAGAGAGAGAAGCCAAGAAAAGGGAAAAGAGAGGAAGAAGAGAGGGAAGAGGAGAAGGGAGACGCGCGGUGAUCGGAGGUUGAUCCAUGGCUGGCAGGUCGAGAUACGACAACCCCUUCGAGGAGGGCGGCGGCGACGAGGUCAACCCUUUCGCGGAUAAAGCUUCUAAAGGAGGAUCAGCAGGUCAAUCCAGCUAUUCCGGAGGCGCAUUCUAUACAACACAAUCACGCCCUAGUGCUCCACCGGCCACCCACCUUUCGCCUCUUCCUCCUGAGCCAGCUGACUUCUACAAUGACUUCUCGACCCCGGUGGAUAUUCCAAUGGACACUAGCAAGGAUAUGAAAACAAGGGAGAAGGAACUUCUUGCAAAGGAAGCCGAGCUAAACAGGCGAGAGAAGGAAAUCAAAAGGAGAGAGGAGGCUGCAGCACGAGCUGGUAUUGUGUUGGAAGACAAAAACUGGCCUCCAUUUUUCCCCAUCAUCCAUAAUGAUAUUGGCAAUGAGAUACCUGUCCACCUGCAAAGAACACAGUAUGUCGCAUUUGCGUCACUCUUAGGAUUGGUCCUGUGCUUGUUUUGGAACAUCAUCUGUGUUACGGCUGCUUGGAUUAAAGGGGAAGGUCCCAAGAUCUGGUUUCUUGCUGUCAUCUAUUUCAUUCUUGGAUGCCCAGGUGCCUACUAUCUGUGGUACCGACCACUUUACCGUGCCAUGAGGAAUGAGAGUGCUCUGAAAUUUGGAUGGUUUUUCCUGUUCUACUUGGUCCACAUCGCUUUCUGUGUGUAUGCGGCUGUUUCUCCAUCAAUUCUAUUUGUAGGGAAAUCAUUGACAGGAAUUUUUCCAGCAAUCAGCUUAAUAGGCAAUACUGUUAUCGUUGGGGUGUUUUAUUUUCUUGGAUUCGCAAUGUUUUGCCUGGAGUCGCUGCUCAGCAUGUGGGUUAUUCAGCGUGUGUAUCUUUACUUCCGGGGCAGCGGGAAAGAGGCCGAGAUGAAGCGCGAGGCUGCACGCAGCGCAGCGAGGGCGGCGUUUUGAUGAUGAUGUACGUAUGCGUGAAAUGCAUAGGAGUGUCCAUUGUUUGAAAAAUUACUGUGCGCUGUAAAUUUGGAGAGUGGUAGUAGAGUUGUUCUGCUUAUGAUAUGUAGGAUUUUGUGACUUGAUUUGAGAUUUCUUCCGCUGUCCAUGUCCAUUUCUUCUGAUCUGUUCUAACUUCAUGCUUUGCACUUUAGGGAUACUAGUAUAUAUUUGAGAGAGAAAAAUUGUGGCAUUAGGACUUGCCAGAUCUAUGUAUGUAACAAAAAGCAUACCUUUCUGCAUGCCGUUUCUAAACAUGGAGUUUGAUUUUCAUUGCCAUUUCUAA